ACUCGAUACAAUCAGCCAGGGAAAAAUUGUUCCAAACUCGCGUGGGAGGCCGCUUUUGCUCUUUUCUGGUUGGAUAAAAGCUGAAGAUUAAUUGGUCGUGCAGACUCGUAAAGGCGGGCAUUGAAGAGCAACCUGGCGUUGUGAUUGGAAGGAAGAGGACAACUGGAGGCUAUAAGAAGUUGCUGAGGGGGCGGGCCUCGUAGUGCAAGCGGUCGGACGGGUUCUGUGUUGUACGUGAGAAGCUGCUGCUGACGGGAGAAACAUGGCGACGAAGAAGGCUGUGUGUGUUAUGGCCGGAGACUCCGAAGUCAAAGGCGUCGUUCACUUUGAGCAGAAGGAUGAUGGGCCAGUAGUUGUGUCGGGAGAAAUUUGCAGUUUGACUCCAGGAAAGCAUGGGUUUCAUGUCCAUGAAUUUGGAGACAACACAAAUGGAUGUACCUCGGCAGGUGCUCACUUCAAUCCUGAGAACAAAACACAUGGUGGGCCAGAGGAUGCAGUGAGGCAUGUUGGGGAUCUUGGAAACGUGACUGCAGGUGCCUCAGGUGUGGCAAAAUUUACACUGAAGGAUGAUAUGAUUUCUCUCUCAGGACCACAUUCAGUUAUUGGGCGUUGCAUGGUGGUUCAUGAAAAAGAAGAUGACUUGGGUAGAGGCGGAAAUGAUGAAAGUUUGAAAACUGGAAAUGCUGGUGCUCGUCUAGCUUGUGGUGUGAUUGGGCUUGCUAAGGCAUAGAGCUUCAAGACUAAAAAGCACUUCAUACAGAAUGUAAAUGUACCUGUGAAAUUCUGUAGUUAAUUAGGGUUUAAAAAACCAUUUAAUUUCAUGGCACUGUUAAAUGGAAUUUAUGCUGACAAGUUUGUUUUAUAUAAUCUUUUAAUUAAAGUAGCAAUUAAAUGUUA